UUGCACAUCAAUCUCCAUGAAUCUUGCAAAAGACUUUCUCAAGUUCGUCGAUGCUUCUCCCUCUCCUUUUCAUGCGGUUGAAUCCUGCAUUGCUCGUCUUGUCAAGGCUGGUUUCACUGAACUAAAGGAAGGUGAUGCAUGGACUACUUCGACUGUCCUUGCAAACGGAAAGUAUUUCUUUUCUAGAAACAAAAGUGCUAUUAUUGCCUUUUGUGUAGGCGGAAAGUACUCUCCAACAUCCGGAUUUUCCAUCAUUGGUGCUCAUACUGACUCUCCUUGCCUCAAGAUCAAGCCCAGGUCCAAGCGUGAGAAGGCCGGUUGCAUUCAAGUCGGUGUAGAACUUUAUGGUGGUGGAUUAUGGCAUACUUGGUUUGAUAGAGAUUUGAGUGUUGCUGGACGAGUACUUGUUGCUACUAAAAAUACUCAGGGCGUUGAAUCCUUCACUCAUGCUCUCGCCAAGAUCGACAAACCUUUGUUGCGUAUUCCUACUCUAGCUAUUCAUCUUGAUCGCAGUGCCAACGAUGGUUUCAAUUUCAACAAGGAAGUUCAACUCACUCCCAUUCUUGGCAUUGCUCAAAAAAUUCUCGAAAAAAAGGACGACACCAACGAUGUUGGAACUCUUCAUCAUCCCAUGCUUCUUAAAGAAGUCGCUACCAAUCUUGGUGUUCAAGCCGAAUCCAUUCGCGAUUUUGAACUCUGUCUUUAUGACACUCAACCCUCGAGCAUUGGUGGUGCCAACAAUGAGUUUAUUCAUUCCGCUAGACUUGAUAAUCUGAUGAUGUCGUUCUGCGCUCUUACUGCUAUUAUUGAAUCUGCCAACACUCUGGAUCAAGACUCCAAAAUCCGUGUUGUUGGUCUGUUUGAUAACGAAGAAGUGGGCUCUCAAACUGCUCAUGGUGCCAAUUCCAAUUUUAUGCAAACCACUUUGCAGCGUCUUUCUGAUAUGGAUAUUGGUGGUAGUUCUCAGGUUCUUGCUGGUGCCAGAUAUGAGCGAUCCAUGGUCAACUCGCUUCUGAUCUCUGCAGAUAUGGCUCAUGCUCUUCAUCCCAACUACUUCGAAAAGCAUGAAGACAACCAUCGUCCUUUGAUCAAUUCUGGUGUUGUCAUCAAGCAAAAUGCCAACCAACGUUAUGCAACAACAGCCAUUUCAACCUUGGUUUUGCGCGAAGUGGCCAAACUUGCUGGAAAAGAAGGCUCUGGAGGUGUUGCAUUGCAAGAAUUCGUUGUACGAAAUGACUCUCCCUGCGGAAGCACUAUUGGUCCCAUGUUGAGUGCCUCUCUUGGUGUUCGUACGGUUGAUGUGGGUAAUCCUCAAUGGAGUAUGCAUUCUAUUCGUGAAACAUGUGGUGUGGAAGAUGUCCAACAUGCUGUAAACCUGUUCAAGAGCUUCUUUGAUCAUUUUGCUGCUGUGGAUGCUCGCAUUCCACGUCUUUGAUGCAUAAUAUUGUCAAUCUGUAUUAAAAGC